AUGUUCUGCAUAUUUACAUACAGUUUCUACCUUUAAAGAAGCAGAUUCUUUGUGUAAAUCGGAUUCAAACCUCUUUUCUUCACAUGCAGAGAAACACAGAAAGUGAUUUCUGGCUGGAGGACGGAUGGACGGUCCCUCCAGUUCCACCGAUAAAGUCUCCUUUGAAGCCGGCGGUGUUGGUGGGUUCCUCCUCCUUUCAUUCGUGUGAGUUCAGAGCAGAAAUCCUCUUAUCGCGCCCUCUCAGCCUGUGGAAGGAGCGCUUAUCUGCAGGAGCCAGCAGAGUGAAGCCACCCCCCCAGGAGGAUCCCCAGACAAAGACCCCCCCGGGGACUCCACACCGCCCUGCCUCUGGACGGCACUUCCCCGCCGUCCACCAUCAAUAACCCGCCGCUGCCUUCCAAGGAGAGACGCUCAGACAAAGACGGAGAAGGAUGCAGCUCAUCGCGGCGAGGCCGGCCUGCAGGUGCAGCCUCUUGGACGUGCAGUGGGGCUCAUAAAUGGAGGGGAUUCAGAAACCGGGCCCCCAGCGGGCCCUGUUCUCCAGACCCGGGGCUAAUCCCGGCCCCUAAUCGGAUUAUGUAAAUUCCUACUCCACACGGAGACUUUUACUGAAGGCUUUGAAACAACACUUGAAGGCUGUAAAAAGAGCACAGAGGAUUGGUUAAACUAGACUCCUGCUUGAAAGUAGUGAGGGGGGGCGAGCUGGGGGGGUCGGUGGCUGCAGAGAGGUGAAAUUUAUGUGUGGCCCCUUGAAAUGGUUCAACAAGAUUACCAUAGUGGUGACAAAACGAGCAUUGUUGGACUGUCAGUCUGGAUGUGGUCUUCCUACCUUUUGUGGUCCAAUCAGGCUGAACUCCAAAGCGGAGCUGCAGAGACAUGAAGGUGUUUUCCUGGAGACGGUAAAGAGGCAGGAGGGUCCCCCGCCGUCACACACUAAUGUCUCAGUUUCACCGCAGGGAUUACAUGAAUCAUAAAUCAUCACAAGCAGACAGUAAAAGCUCUUUAAUGAUGUAAAAAAAACAAACCAAAAGAUGCGUCUCUUCAGCAAGCGUCGUCAUUGGUUCGUCCCCGACGGUAAAACGGGCCAACAAAUGGCACAAAGACGAGCGGCGACGUCACACAAUGGAGCGCAGCCUGCUAUAAAAUGUGGGCUGAAGCCUCCUCACCCUCACUCCGGCUCUUUGUGUCCCCGUCCGGCCCCUCCGCUCCUCAUUAGGAUGAGGACACGCAUCUGAGAGGACACUCCUGCAGGACUCCUGGACCUGCAGAGGACGCAUUUACAGCGGUCGGCUUCACUCCUCUGAGCAGCACCAUGACCAGGAAGGUGUUCACCAACACCCGGGAGCGCUGGCGCCAGCACAACGUCAACACGGCCUUCGCGGAGCUGCGGAAGCUCAUCCCAACCCACCCUCCGGAGAAGAAGCUGAGCAAGAACGAGAUCCUGCGCCUGGCCAUGCGCUACAUCAACUUCCUGGUGCAGCUGCUGGAGAGCCAGAGCGGCCAGCCGGCCGGCCACUCCCCCACAGCCCUGCUCACCUUCCUGCGAGGGAACAUGGAGCAGCUGCGCUCGCCGCCACACGCCUGGACCGUCACCAGCGACACCGAGGCGCCGUCGCCUGGAUCCAGCUGCGACAGCUCCGAGGCCUGGUAGAGCAGGAGAAGAACUCUUAUGGACCCAAACUGGGCGGAACCAAACCGAAACCCAGGAGUUCUGAGCAGGAGGAAACCCUCGCAUCUGCAUGACGGUGUCAUCAAUCCCGCUUUUCUGCCUCGGAGAGAAAACAGAAGGAUUCUUCCAUUUCAAGUAGACAAGAGUUUCAUCUGAUUCUCAAAUUUCCCUCCUUCGCUCCCCGAGCAAUCUGAAUCUGACCUUCUCCUCCUCAUCGAAGGUCGUUUCCCUCCAGACGUCGUUCCUGCUCCUCCUCCCGUGUGGAGCUGAGAAAUGGUGGCGGUCCUCCUCCACCGAAGCUGAGGGUCACAUGACCAAAGAUCAUGAACUGAUUGUGAAGCUUCUCCUCUUAAGUUAUUCUGCUUUGGCUUGUUAUCAAAUAGUGUUAUUUAUUUCAACUAUUUAUUUAAUAAAGGAUUCGUUACGACUUUUUCCA